CAGGAGCAAACGGAAAGGCUAUCUUCAUUAUGCCAUGGGACAGCUACGACAGAUGGGCAAGCAAUUCUAUGACACGGAUAUCCACGUGGAGGUGCUGUCGGAGCAGUUGGUCGGGGACUACUCCCAUGUCACCAUGAGGUUGAAUUUUGAUAACUCAGCUUACCGCUACAUUCAGAAGGAGGAUACGGACGAGGAGGAGAUGUUAUCUUUCACCAGUGAUUUCUUCUUUGAGGUUUUUCCCUUUAACAUUGUCUUCAGACAGGAUAUGGUUGUUCACAAUGUGGGAUCUGGGUUGGCGACAGUGUUCCCAGACCUUGACGGCAAGAUGAUAACGGAUACUUUCCUGCUGGCACGGCCUCUGGUCGAGUUCACCUGGAGCAUGAUCAUCUCCCAUCCAAACAAUCUGUUUGAGAUCAUCUCGAAAGAGCCUGUGAAAAGAGAAAGGAACCUACACAACAGAGUUCAGAAUGCUGAUUAUGACAAUGGUCCUCGAGCUGCUGAUGCGAGUGUGCUGCUCAUGGCCUUCCAGUCAAUUGUUGGCGACGACUAUAAAGAUGGGAACAGUUCCAAUACACUGGAGAGCUGUGGGGAUGGCAGCCGCUGCCUCAGGCUGAAGGGGCAGAUGCGAUUCAUGUCAGAGUGGGAAUCGAUCAUCUUCCUCGGAACUCCAGUGUAA